GCUAAAAGGUCAUCCGAAGUUCCGAAGCAAGUAGUGGCGACGGCUGCAGCAGGGCUGUGUGACGUCACCGCAUCGCCUUCGACAAUUGGUGCUUUAAGGGACGCGGGUGUUUCCCCUGAACACUCCUGGCGGACUCUGGCUGAUGGGGAGCUGAUCAGGUGGCCGAAGAAAGCGGGAGGCGACUUGCCCUUCUGCGCAUCUUCUCGUCUCGGUUUCAACUAGUUGUUCGCAGCGGUUGUGUGUAUGAUCAGUUAGCAUUUUCAAAGUCAGUGUGUGUCAAGAGACAAGGAAUGGAGUCCCGUGCAAUAAGUGUAAACCAUCACCUCAUGCAACGCACAGCAACACUAGCCCAGGAGGUUCUAGAGCGGGCAAAAAAACGGAAAGUGAUCUGGCCACUGCCUUCAGGAUUCCAGAGGAAGGCUUUCCAGGAAGGUGAUAAUGAAGAUAAGUAUCUUAAUGCUGCUUUUGCUUCAGUUGCUGAACACAUGGGCCAUAUAUCAGAAGAAUGUGAGAAAUACUAUUGCUGUGUGCCACCAUUUCAGUUCAAAGAGUAUGAAGUUGCACAUGUUUUCAGAUAUCAUGGCCGCCUAGCAUCUGAAAGCUUGUUAAAAGCAUUUGAAGAUGAAGAAAAUAAAAUGCACCCAAUUGUGGAAGAACUUGGAUGUUCUAACUCAGAAGCAUUAAUUCCAGUAAAGACCUUGGAACAAAAGGAUAUCUACAUUGAAGUUUCCCCUGGCACCUACACUAUCUCAGCAUCCUCUGCUGAAGACAAAAUCAAACAGACGCAUGUAAUAGAAGUUCAUCCAGGACAAAGUAUAAAUUUGUCCUUCGAUUUAUGAUCAGUUUUUUCUUCAUUUUUAAACAACCUACCAAAUGAAAUGGAAGCUUUAGUGUCUUGCUGAAUUGAAACGGACACUCCUUCAGAUAUGUUAUGAGAGCACUUUACUGCACUGUCUUCCCUAUUUUGGUCAGGUCUGUAGGCUUUUUAUCCUGUCUGUAUAUUAUGCUGUUGUAGGUCCACUGUAAAUAUGCAUAAUCUGAAACUGUACAUAUCUGACAUAAAUGAAUCAUGUG